GUGAAAGUAGGCAAGUUAGAGACUUGACGGUCGAUUGUUUUGUUAAAACCUUUCGUCCCUCAACAGGUGUUUGAGAAAACGUAAAGAUGGCGAACGCCGACGGAAUCGAGCGGGGCCUGGGUGCUACACCUGAGGACUUCGUCCAGGCAUUGGAAAAAAGAGAGAUGGCACGGCUUCAGGUGCCCAAGGUUAACAUUUUUCACUUCAACGGGGAUAGAGUGUCUGAGUGGCUUGAGUUGCUGGAGCAGGUCACUAGCGAGGCGUCAGAWGCAGACAAAUUCAAGUUGAUGCCUARGUAUGUAUGGUGGGAGCUUAGACCUGAGGUAAUGAAGGUAGCGGCCGGCGCAAAUGGUGAGUGGGCAAAGUUUAAAGAGGAGAUGCAGAGACGUUUCAAGUUAGGUGACGGUCUGCUCACCAAAGAAGACCUGGAAAUGUUGAGACGUGAUGAGUUCUCCACAGUGGGGGCCUUCGCCACGGCGUUUGAGAAAAUGGCAAAGAAAGUCUCAGGGUUGGCAGAAGAGGAGCAGUGUGCCACUUUCCUAGGGCACUUCAAGAACUGGGAGGGCUCGUCGCUAACUAAGAAGGCUGCGCCAGGAAAGAAGCUCACUUGGGCUGCCAUAAAGAAAGGCGUAACGGACGGAGAACUGGACCAGGUAGACAUCUUCCAGAUGAGGCAGGCUAGGAAGAAAAGGAAGGUCUUAGACGCUACGACGAGUGAUGGGCGCGACUUCAAGAAAGUGGUGGAGGAUGCGGUGGCCCAACUCGAUGCAGCGAAGGAGGCAAGAAGAAAAACUAUGGCAGCGCCACAGACCGUAGGGAAAGCGAAAAAGGCAGUAGUGCAGGAAGAAGAAGAAGAGGAAGAAGAAGAGGAGCCUGAGCCGCAGAAGCUGACAAAGGCUCAAAGGAAAGCAAGGAAUUUGGCUCAAGGAGGGCAAGGCUCAGGGAGGGGCCAGGUCCCACAAGCUGUAGCCAUGCCGUCCCCUGAGUCACCUAGCCUAAUCAUCACCAACUAUGAUGGGGAUGUGUACGACAAGUGGGGGUACCACCUUGAUCCAAGGACCCCAGGCGGGACAAGGAAGGAGGCCCUACGACGAGCCGAGGCAGGUGAACCACCCGCUCCUCCAGCCAUGUUUCGGAUAUGGCAGGAGAAAGGGGUCCGUAGUGACAACAGAGUUGAAAAGGUGGGAGAGAACGAAGAGGUGGAGCAAGAGCGGAAAGUCGGCACUACUAAGGCUGAGCCCAUCAUAGUAGAGUCGGACGGUGAGAUUGAAGAGGAUUACUGGAACAGGCCGUUGCACGUUGAGACAGGGGAAGACUAUUGGAGAACGGCCCGACAGACGAUGGAGAAUAUGGACGACUUAAUGGAUAAAAUUCGAAGAUCAGGGAUGAGCUUUAGGCCGCCUUCACGAUCUGGGAGGGCCGCUCAGACAAUCAGGACGAGAGCUCGAGGGUCAGCGAGUCCGGAACCGCCGGCUAAGGAUAUUUCCGGGUCGAGCGGGGAGAAGGAAGUUGAAGAACCUCUCGUGAAUGAGGAGGAGGAGGAUGACCGCCUAAGGAACGAGGAGGAUGAAAAGGCGGAGCAAAGAGCCAAGAAGAGGGGUGUUAAGGCCGAUACGGAAAAGGCCCCAGAGCAGAAAAAGAAGAAGUACACAGUUAGGGUGGAUGAAGGAUUCGACGUGGAAGAGAUUAUGGACCGAAUCCUUGAAGGACAUAACCACCUCAUGAACUUGAAAGAUGUCUUGGCAUCAGCGCGGAGACUGCGAGAAGAGCUCAAGGCACGUUUGUGCAGGAAGAUGGUGGCUAGCGUACGGUUAGGGACCAUAAUCCCUAAGGAAGCUGAGUGGUCGGAGACCAGUACGAAAAUGGAUUGGAAGUCCGUGGCGUGCGGGUGUUUUGAUGUUAUUGUAAAGGGGAAAGCAUGCACGGCAAUGGUGGACACAGGCGCAGAAAUGAACCUCGUCAAGGAGGAGGAUGCCCUGCGCCUGGGGAUGGAGAUAGGCCGCUCUGACAAUGGUAUUUUAGUAGGAGCAAAUAGUCGGUCCAUUUUUGUAGGGACCGCAUCCAAGGUGGUGCUGGAGAUCGGGAAGGUAAAAGUGAGGAGUUGCUUCUUCGUAAUGCCCGACCUCGAUCACCCUAUUCUUCUGGGGCGAUCAUUUUUUAGCAGAACAGAGACCGUCAUCCUGAAUAAGCAUGACGGGACUAUGUUCCUAGUCAUGUGUAAUCCCGUGUAUGGCAACUAUGAGGUUGUCACGUGUCAGAACACAGGACCAAGGAGUAUUAGGAAUCGACCCAGCCCUGGCUCUUUUACAAUUGAGGAGUCAGAAGAAGAGAGAAAAAGGUUAAGGGGAGUCGAUAUCCCUUAAUUUCUUUAUUUUUCACGGCAUUUAAUUCUAGGGGGAAUACCCUUGUUAUUUUAUAUUCCUGACAAUGAAAUUAAAAACAUAGA